AUUAACAAAGUCUAUACUUCCAUGAAUCAUCGUCUCUUCUUCUUCUGAACCCUAAACCCUGCAAAACCCGUGUCUGAGCAAUGUCUUCCCUGGCCUUACGUUACGCUCGCCACCUAUCAACGACGGCGGCGGCGGCUGCCGCCGGCGCAUCCAUCACCAUCUCCCAAGCGAAGUCAAAACUCAGGUGCGAACACGACCCCGACGAGGCUUUAAAGAUCUACUCCUCCAUUUCCGGCUACUCCGCUUCCCGAGGUGCCUCCCGCCUCGUCCAGACCUACACCGUGAGGCGUCUGGCCAGGGCGUGCCGCUUCUCCGAAAUUGAGACGCUUCUCGAGUCUCACAAGAAGGACCCCAAAGUCACUCAGGAGCCCUUCCUUUCCGCCCUAAUUCGCUCUUAUGGCAUCGUCGGAAUGUUCGAUAGAGCGCGCAGCACGUAUGAGCAAAUGGACGAACUGGGAACCCCUAGGUCCUCGCUCUCUUUCAACGCCCUUCUCACCGCCUGCGUUAACUCGAGGAUGUGCGAUCGCGUCCCCCAACUGUUCGACGAAAUUCCUAACAAGUACGGCAUUUCGCCUGAUAAGAUUUCGUACGGUAUACUGAUCAAUUCUUAUUGCGAGGUGGGGUCGCCCGACUUGGCCAUUGAGAGACUGAACGAGAUGGAAGAGAAAGGUAUCGAGAUUACCCCAAUCACUUUCACGGCUAUAUUACAUUCACUGUAUAAAUCAGGGAGGAGCGAUGAUGCUGAGAAGGCCUGGGAGGACAUGGCGAGAAGAGGGAUUGCUCGCGAUGUUGGCGCCUACAAUGUCAAGCUUUUUAACAUCCAUGGCGGAGAUCCUGCCGGCGUGAAGGCUUUGAUUGAGGAAAUGAAAGCUGCAGGGGUUGAACCAAACACAAUUAGCUAUAAUUACUUGAUGAUAUGCUAUUGUAGGAACGGAAUGAUGGACGAAGCUGAGAAGGUAUACCGAGAUUUGGAACGGAAUGGUGGUAAACCCAACUCUGCAACUUACGGGGCAUUGAUCCAUUAUCUGUGUGAGAAGGGGCGGUUUGUGACGGGGUACAAGGUGUUCAUGCACAGCGUGAGGAGUCGCAGGAUGUCCAAUUUCUAUACCUUGAAGCCUCUGCUUGAAGGAUUGGCAAAGGAAUCGAGACGCAAAGAGGCUCGGGGGUUGCUUAGGACGGGGACGAAGAACUUCCCGCCUAAUCUACAAAAGGCUUGGAGCACUCUAGGGGAGCAGCUCGGCUUGGAAAAGAUUAAAGAUGAUGAGACAAAGAAGAGGCAGUCGAAGAUGUACAAGUUGUGGAGAGGCUGAAGUAGAAAGCCAUAGCUUAUUUUAAGGUACAAACAGAGAUAGUGGAUGAAGAUUGUUACCAGGGAGACCAAAGGCCAGUGGCAACAGUAUUUGCAGGAUGUUUUAGUGAGAAGGGCAUACAGAACUCAAAGGCUGCCAGGGAUAUUUGUUUUGGCCUUAACUUUUUAAAACAAUUCAUCCUUCUAAGUUUCCUAUUCCUACAAAUACCAUAAGGCUUGUUUUGUUAGAAUAGUAAGUUUGAUGUGGUUGGAAUGAUUGAAAUGGUAGUUAUGAUAUUUUUUUGAAA